UACUACUUGCAUAAGAAUGGGCAUUUGAACAGGUGCACUAUUAUCAGCCUAAUCAGUGCUAUAUGCAGCUAUUGAAAUACUGAAUAUAUUACAUCAAAGAAUUAUUUUCUCUUGUUCAUGACACAAGGCAAUCUAUGUAGUGAACAAGACUGUGGUAUGCUUAAUUUCAAUUUGUGCUGUGACAAAGUUAUUUAAAUGUUGAAGUUAGUAAGGGCUACAUUUUUUGCUAUAAUUAUUAUAUCAUCAUUUGUGCAGUAUUAUUAUAAUAUGCCAAAACAUCAAAUCCAGUAAUCAGGUGCAAUUUAUGUGCAAUUUACUAAGUUUGACACAGUCUAACUGGGUGGAAACGUUAUGCCAUAGUCAGUAUGGUUUGAUGGUGAUAUUUAAACCAAACCGCUUAUCUGUAUUAUUCUUUGAAUGCUGUAUAUAUAAAAAUAUUUACAUUUCAAAUUUAACCAUCAUCCUCUAACUAUGCACCAUUACCGAUUAGUACUGUAUUACAUACUGAUUAGACUCCUAAUCUCGGCGUACAAAAACCGAAGAUCUUAUUUUUAUUUAUUUUUUUUGAAAAUGUUUUUGUUUGUUUGUGCUCAUCAUUCAUGACAACACAGUUUCACACCAGAACCGACUUAUUUUUGUAUAUUCUGACGUCAAACAGAUUCACGUUUAAUUCACGAAGUGAAAAGGGGGGAAGUUAUUUAUAACCUCAACGUCUUAGUGUGAUCCUUGGGUGCGCAAAUAGGAAUGUAGCGAUUGGACUGGUCUCUUGCGUUUCAGUAACAAAAGCGGUGGGGCUGGAGCGUCGUUGUGCCUCUGCACGGACUGAACCUAAAAUAGGACAGUUCUGUUGGGUCUGAACUAAAUAACUACACGAGCUGUGCUGAGAAACUAUGCCUCUCUAUAGCUUCUAGAAUAUUGGAGACCAUUACCGUGGACUUAUUCUACAAUGGUAAACCUGUGCGUCAACCAGGACUGAGGCUGAUUUGGGUCCAGUCUGGGUGAUGGCUGACGUGCUGGAGCUCAGGACGGAUGGGAACUCUCUGUUGAAAGCAGUAUGGCUUCGCCGUUUGCGCCUUACAAGGCUUCUCCUGGAAGGUGGAGCCUACAUCAAUGAAAGCAAUGAUCGUGGAGAGACGCCGCUCAUGGUUGCCUGCAUGUCCAAACACUCUGACCAGCAGAGUGUCAGCAAGGCUAAGCUUGUCAAGUACCUUCUGGACAACAAAGCUGACCCUAAUAUCCAAGACAAAGCUGGAAGGACAGCCCUCAUGCAUGCAUGCAGCCACAGGGCGGGACAUGAGGUGGUCUCACUUCUACUGACAAACGGGGCUGAUCCAAGUCUGGAGGACCGUCAUGGAUCUUCUGCUUUAGUCUAUGCCGUCAACGCAGAUGAUAAAGAAACCUUAAAAGUUCUCCUUGAUGCCUGCAAAGCCAAAGGCAAGGAGGUCAUCAUCAUUACCACCGAUAAAUCGCCGUCUGGAACCAAAACUACCAAGCAGUACCUGAAUGUUCCUCCGUCUCCUGAGUUGGAUGAGAGGACAUCUCCUGCACCAUGUGCCUCACCGUCUGAGAUAGAUCUUCAUGCGUUGCCAUCUCCCAGCAAAGAGGAGGAGAAGGACACCGUAUUCAAUUUUCAAACAAAGUUUAAGUCAACCUCAAACACAGCAGCCAAACUUCCCAAUGGACUUACUUCCCCCAGUAAGAAGCCAGUGAACCCCAAGCGGGCUCGUCUACCCCAGCUGAAGCGACUACAGUCAGAGCCUUGGGGUCUGAUUGCCCCAUCUGUGUUGGCAGCAGCAAAUGAAGAGAGCAAGAGAGCCAACUCAGAUGAAGAUGUUGUUGCAGGUGUCAACGGUCUGAGCCUGUCUAGAAGAGGCACUCUGUCCCGACAUAACAGCGUGGAUGGAAAGGACAUCUUGUUUCCAAUGGUGGGUGAUCAGACCGCAAAAAUCUCCCAAACAUCAUCUUCCAAGGCCUCCUACGAGAGAUCGCUAGCACAGCACCAACCCCUGGCACGGCGUAGCACUGUCCCCACAGAGCAGGAUGGCUCUGGAGGAAACUUGGGGCCAGCUAGCCUUAGAGACACACUGCACCGGAGGCGAUUGGGGAAUGAACACUACGACUCAGACUCCCAGCUGUACUCAGAUUCCAGCAUGCUAGACUCUCCUAAGGCACCCCUGGAGAGAAGGAAGCUCAAUACAUCCCCUCUUGCUAUGCUUACAGGCUCGCGAGAGUCCUUGGACAGCAAUCCCAGUACCUCCUCCCCUAGCACAGCCAGAUGCAGAGCACCUGGCCUACUGGAGCGGCGCGGCUCUGGAACGCUAUUGCUGGACUAUAUAUCCCACACCCGCCCAGGUCACCUGCCCCCACUAAACGUCAACCCCAACCCUCCGAUUCCAGAUAUAGGGGCAAGCAGCAAGCCCUCAUCCCCACUUGCAGCAGGUAUCAGACCAAUAGCUCCCGUAGCACCCAACUCACCAAAGAGAGGCAACCUCAGGACGAAAAAGAAGCUUGUGAGAAGGCACUCUAUGCAAGUGGAACAGAUGAAGCAGCUUUCAAACUUCGAAGAGCCCAACCAUCAAUCUUAAAACUCAGUC